UCGUAUCCUUGAUUUAUUUCAUCUCCGAUUCUCCACUGGAUAUGUAUUUGUAGUAAUCGAGGAGAGCGAUUUAUGAUGUUGAUCAGUUGUGCUCGAUCGAGAGACGCGACUGCACAGAUCUACCGGAUUGAAUGUGGAGUCAACUAGAGGCGGAGGCGGUUUCAGCGUCGAGGAAUAGUUAGGUCGUUGCUUACUACAUCACCGGCAAUGGCUUCGGCUGCGCUACUCGCGUUAUUGAGGCCACGAGGUACACGUGGCUUCCUUCGCCCCUCAGUUUGUUUUUACUUCUGCAAUGCAGUCGCCUGGGUUGUUCAUUCGAAAGGAAUUGUUGGACUGUGGGGCUGUCCAGACAGAUGCAAUGACAGUGGAUCGCUUGGCAUCCUUGGAGUAGAGUAUGCCAUGGAUGCUGGUCAUCACCACCGUUCGAUAGUUUGGCAGGAAAAAUUGGUUACGGAACCGUUAUGAAGCAUUGGCAUACAGGAUACCCUUUGUUUUUGUCCGAAGAGAUUAUUUAACGAAGAACCAUUUUUAAGGAAUAUGCUUGAGUGCCAUUACUGUUACAGUGCGUGUGGCGGAACAGUUUGUCCCAUAUGCAAAAACAGCUUAACUAGUAUGCGCAGGGGAAAUCCAGGUGCUGGAGGGCAGCAGCCCGCCGGGCAUUGAGGAAAAUACGUUUGGACGAAGUAUUAGUGUUACCUGGAGAGUGCAGUGGUUGUUCGCAUCGCUGUCCUGCUUCAUCAAC